GUCCGUGCGACCAAUUUCAUCUUCGUAUAUUUCAACUGUAAUCGCAGAAUCAUCGGAAUGUCGAUGAAAACCACGAUUGAGUCGCCGUUGGCGAACAUAACAUCCGAGAUCGAGGAACGUCGAUGUGAUCUGAUUGACCGUCAGCAGCAGCUAAAGAACAAAGUCGUCACAAUGGAACGCUCCAUCCCGGCUAUAAUGGCAUACAACAUGUGGAAAGCCAAGCAAGAUUGUUGUGAUGGGCCAUACGAUAAAGUACGAGAGAUCAUAAAUAUAUUUGCGCCACAGUCAGAUCCUGCCGACAAACUCGUCACCGAAUUGAAGAGCGUGGUCCACAGCCUCCAUCAGGAAACGGCACAGUUGCAUGUACGACACGAUUGACAUUCGACGAUAAGAAUCCGGGUAAAUCUUGCCAGUGUGCUUUUUUUUAACGAAAGAAUUAUGACUCGUGUUCUUAGCACGUUAUCCGUACCGUUAUGCUUUGUGGUUUAAGGAAGACUGGAGUAUC